GUGAGUAGUUAUGUUAUUAGUGAAACUAAACCAUAUUCACUUUACUAUAUGUUCAUAUUCAAUGUAUUAUAAAGCUAUCAUGAUUAAUAUUACUAUAAUUUCUAAUGCUAUGAACUUUCAAGUAUUUAUUUUGUUUUAUUUUUACUCUUUUGUUGUUGUUUUUUUCACUUCAUCAGAUCAGAAGAAUGUCACAGGAACGUUUAAACACUAAAUGGAUUGUUAAUACAUUAAUAUGGUUUAUCAUGGUCCAAUAUUAUUUACAAAUUUCAAUGUUCUAUUAUGAUUGUUCAAUAAAUGCUUAUUCACCAUCACUAUUACCUACUAAUAAUUUGAUAAGUAAUAUUAAUAAUCAUUUAUCGAAUACAUUGAAUAGUAUUACUAAUAACAAUAAUAAUAAUAAUAAUGAUAUUAAUAAUAAUCCAAAAACACCACAAUAUAAUUUACGUUAUGCUAUAACAGAAAAUCAACCAAUCAAUUUUAAAAUUGGUAAAAUUAAUGAUGAUCUAAUACAAACACCAGAGAUUAGAUCAACACAUUUAUAUCAUUUAUUAUAUACAUCUAAACAAAUGAAUUCAUUUUAUCGUUUACGUGAACCAUCAAAUUAUUUUCAUGUUAAUGAAACAACAAGUUUAUUAGUUACUAAGAAAAUUAUUGAUUUAGAAACAUUAUGCCCAAAAUAUUGUAAAGAGAAUACAUAUCAUGCACAAUUAAAUAUCUAUGUAAAUAUAUGGAUAAAUUAUCAAUUAAUUUGUAUUGUUAAUAUUGAAAUAACAGUAACUGAUUUAAAUGAUAAUCAACCAAAAUUUCCAUCUACAGUAUCAAGACCAUAUAAAUUAAAAUUAAAAGAAGUAAUUUAUCGAAUUGGUAAAUAUAUAGAAUUACCUAAAGCAAUUGAUAAAGAUAUACAACCACAUCAUUCUGAAAUAGUAUAUCGUCUUGAUUCACAUUCAGAUGAUAAAUCAAAUGCAUUAGAUACAUUUCGUUUAGUUGUUAGAAAUGAUUCAAGACUUGUACUUGUUUUACAAAAAGAUUUAGAUUAUGAAUAUAUUAAAGAAUAUAAAUUUUAUUUAGUUUGUUCAUCACCUUAUAUUAUAGGUGAUCAACAUUUAGAUAUAAUGAAUAUAGAAGAUCGUUUAGAAAUUUUUAUAGAAGUACUUAAUAUAAAUGAUAUUGAACCAACAUUUUCACAAGCAGUUUAUGAAAUACAAGUUAAAGAAAAUAUUCCAGUUAAUUCAACAAUUUAUGAAGUAAGUAUAAAGAAUUGA